GUGAGGAAGAACCCGCAGGAAGCGGCAAGUGGGAGCAGCAGCGGGAGGAGCCUCCCAGGAACGGCCGUCCGAGACCACAGGUGGCGGUGGCGGGGGAGCCAUGAGCGGCUGGAAGGAGGCAAAAAUUGAGGAAAGCCAACCAGCCGGUACGGCCCACGAGAGGAGACGCCGUCCGUCCUCUUGAGUCGGGAUGAAGCGCGGCCUCCAAGUCGCCGCCUUGCUCUUGCUGUGGCUCGGCGUUCACGCUCAGCUGAAGAUCCCGCCUGAGACCGUGCAGCAAUGGGCGUCCAUCUUCUCGUCGCAGCUUCGAGAGCUUUCCACCAAGUAUUCCGGAUCGCUUCUUCUGCAAAAGAAACUGAAGGAUGUGGAGCCCAUCAUCAAGAUGGUGGACCUGGACGGAAGCGAUCUGGUCAAGGAUUUUGCUGACCAGAUUGAACGCAUGCUGGGCAGCAAAAUGAAGUCUGUCAAGCGACUCGCCGAGUCGGCGGAAGAUGCCGACCUCUAUCACGACUUCAACGCUUCCUUAGAGUUUGACUACUACAACUCCAUGCGGAUCAACACGCUGGACGAGGACGGCAACGCUGUGGAGCUGGGCGGCGAGUUCCCGCUGGAGGAGAACGAGCACUUCAACAAGAUGCCCGUCAACACCCAGCAGAGCACCGUGCAGGUGCCCACCAACGUCUACAACAAAGACCCCAACAUCCUCAACGCUGUGUACAACUCGGAGGCCCUCAAUGACGUUUUUGUGGGCAACUUCCUCAAGGACCCUACGCUCACCUGGCAGUACUUUGGCAGCUCUGCCGGCUUCUUCAGGAUCUACCCCGGCAUCAAAUGGACGCCGGACAGCAACGGCGUCGCAGCCUUCGACUGCAGGAACCGAAACUGGUACAUCCAGGCGGCCACAUCGCCCAAGGACAUCAUCAUCAUGGUGGACAUCAGCGGCAGCAUGAAGGGCUUGAAGAUGACCAUCGCCAAGCACACCAUCAACACCAUCCUCGACACGCUGGGAGAGAACGACUUUGUCAACGUCAUCGCCUACACAGAUUACGUGCGCUAUGUGGAGCCGUGCUUUAAGGGAACUCUGGUCCAAUCCGACCUGGACAACAGGGAGCACUUCAAGAUACUGGUGGAGAAGCUUCACGUGAAAGGAGAAGCAAAGCUCAAGAACGCCAUGAAAGAAGCCUUCAAGAUCCUCAAUGAGGCGCGCGUUUUGGGUCAGGGCAGCAUGUGCAACCAGGCCAUCAUGCUGAUCACCGACGGCGCCAUGGAGGACUUUGAGUCCGUCUUUGAGGAGUUCAACUGGCCCGAGCGCAGGGUGCGCGUCUUCACGUAUUUGAUUGGCCGAGAGAUGACCUUUGCCCAGAACGCCAAGUGGAUCGCCUGCAACAACAAAGGCUACUACACGCACGUGUCGACGCUGGCCGACGUGCAGGAGAACGUGAUGGAGUACCUGCACGUGCUGAGUCGGCCCAUGGUCAUCAACCACGACCACGACAUCAUCUGGACCGAAGCCUACAUGGACACUGUGCUUCCCAAAACCAAAGAGCUGUUCAGCACCAAGGCGCAAAGUCUGCUGCUGAUGACGUCGGUGGCCAUGCCCGUCUUCAGCAAGAAGAAGGAGACGCUGUCGCACGGGAUCCUCCUGGGCGUGGUGGGUACCGACGUUCCCCUCAUGGAGGUGAUGAAGCUGGUGCCCCGCUACAUGCUGGGCGCGCACGGCUACGCCUUCCUCAUCACCAACAACGGCUACAUCCUGGCGCACCCCGACCUUCGACCUCUGUACAAGGACGGCAAGAAGCUGAAGCCCAAGCCCAACUACAACAGCGUGGACCUGUCCGAGGUGGAGUGGGAGGACGACGACGAGACGCUGCGGACGGCCAUGGUGAAAGGCGAGACCGGAAGUUACACGCUCAACAUCCGCACCUCGCUGGAGAACGGGAGGAGGCCCCUCUUCCUGGUCAACGACUAUUUCUACACAAACAUUGACGACACUCCCUUCAGCUUCGGCAUGGUGUUGACCCAAGGUCACGGGAAACUCAUGUUUGUGGGAAACGUGUCGGUGGAAGAAGGGCUCCACGACCUGACCUCUCCCGACCUCAGCAUCGCCUCCGAGUGGACCUACUGCGAGACGGACAUCGACCCCGCCCACCGCAAGUACUCGCAGCUGCAGGCGGCCCUCCGCUACCUGCAGGGCGAGGAGCCCGACCUGGAGUGCGACGAGCUGCUGCUCCAGCAAACCUUGUUUGACGCGGUGGUGACGGCGCCCAUGGAGGCCUACUGGAACGCCAUCAUGCUGGACGGCAGGGUGGAGCCCGGCGUGGAGACGGCCUUCCUGGGCACGCGCGUGGGCCUGACGAGGAUCAUGAGAUACGCCGGCGUGGAGACCCGCGUGGCAAAAAAGUUCCUGACGCCCGCGGACAAGGACAACCUGUUUACGGUGGACCACUUCCCGCUGUGGUACCGCCUGGCCGUGGAGAACCCGCCGGGAAGUUUCUUCUACUACCCUAUCAACGACAAAGGCACCAAGUACGUGGUGGCCACGACGUCGGUCACCGUGGCAGCGCAAGGCAAGACGGCCGUGGCCGGAGCCGUAGGUCUGCAGAUGUCCUUGGAUGUGCUGGAGAAGGCCUUCUGGGCUGUCACCAAGCAGGCGAGCGACACAGACUGUUCCAAUGUGGAAGGAUUGUGCCCCCUCAACUGCGAAAGUGACGACCUGCGCUGCCUGUUGGUGGACAACCACGGCUUCAUCUUGCUGUCCAAAGAGAGAAAGGAGGUGGGCCGCUUCAUGGGCGAGGUGGACGGCGCCGUCAUGGCCACGCUCAUCAAGAUGGGCAUGUACAAAAAAGUGUCGCUGUUCGACUACCAGGCCAUGUGCAAGAACAGCCAUCAGCACGCCAGCGGUGCUCCCCGCCACCUGCUCAGCCCUCUCUACAACCUGGCGGCCAUCGUCCGCUGGAUCUUCUCCAAUGCGCUCAUGUUCGUGUUGGAUUUCAACCUGUGCGGUUUGUGGCACUCUGAUUACUUUGUGGACGCUCACAAGCAGAAGAAGGUGGAGGCUCUGGUUCCAUGCGAGACGGCCUACCCCGGCUUCAUGUAUGACACCUCCGUCAAAGAGGCAAACAGCAUCAUCAAAUGUGGACGCUGCCAAAAGAUGUUUGUGGUGCAGCGUGUCCCAGACAGCAACUUGCUGGUGGUGGUGACGGAGGCUAACUGCGACUGUUCUCGCCAAUACAGCCCCAUCCCGCUGGAGGCCAAAGAGAUCAAAUAUAUCCUUUUGCCACGCGCCACCUACAGGCCGCCUAAGGCAAAGCUGGUUGGGUUUUCAUUUUCCUUGACGACUGCCAACAUAACGCCACGGUUAAGUGCAACAGGAUGAAGUCGCAGAAAGUACGCAGGCGUCCUGAGUCUUGCCACGCCUACCACCCCAAGGAAAACGCCAAGGACUGUGGGGGCGCGUGCACCAUCUCCCUGUCGUUGAGCCUUUUCUGCGCCUCCCUGCUCUUUUCGGGUACCCUUCUCCUUAUGAUAUAACCACAGCAAGCGGCCAUUCAGGAGGCGGAAGCAGACCUGAAGCAGGGAUGUCAAGACCAACCUGGUUUCCGGUCGUUUCUAUGGCUGUUCACAACGAAGCUUUAGCAGCUUUUUGCUGUUGAGGCAAAAAGACAUUUAUGGGACGCUCAGCGCCCUCUGGUGGACAGAUUCAUUCAUAGCCAUAGGUUUGACUUUUUUGGUCUCCUUCGAAAGAAAUUCUUGAACGGUGAUAUACUGCCAUUAGAGUUUUUCCACAAAAACACGGGGAUUAAGUAGCAACCCCAAAUUUAAAAAAAAAAGUAUAAAUAAAAUAUUUCUAUAAAUGUGUGUGUGUGGGGGAGGAUAGUUGCCGAACGGCAAGGAUCUGGUCUAUUUAUUGUAUUCUUUUUCUUGUUAUAACUUUAUGCGACCUUUUUUCCAGU